AUGGCAUCUGACUUGUCGAAUGCCGCGCAAGUGGCCAGCAGCGUCGCCUCGUCGCUUGCUGCCCCAUGGGACCCUUCAGCAGCCCAGCCACUUACCGACGCCAUGAUUACUGCAUCAGCAAAGGUAGCAGCUGCUCAUGAGCCUACAGGCUGGCUCGGAUUCUUUGGGUGGCUGCUGUAUGUCGUCUUCAAUCUGACCUCUACCGUGUUAUACUGGGUCGUGCGUUUAGCAACCAUUUCUAUCCCCAGGCUGCUCUAUGCCUUGUUUUCCAGUAGCUGGACGGUGACUAUGAACGCUACUACGCUUAUGUUCAUCCUGGUCGGUGUUGUUUCUGCUGUCAGUUGGGUUGUGAGAUAUCGCAUCCUGAACAUGUACUCCAGGCUCCCGCCUGAGCCCCAACGGAAAGAACCUGAAAUAGAUCUUUUCCCAGAUAGUCACGAGGAGGGCAAUAAAGGAGGACUAGCGAGCUACCUCGAUGAGUUCCUGAGCGCUAUCAAGAUUUUCGGCUACCUUGAGCGUCCAGUCUUUCACGAAUUGACGCGCAGCAUGCAGACCAGGAAACUGAUUGCUGGUGAGACAAUCAACCUGGAAGAGGAAAAGGGAUUUUGUAUUGUCGUUGAUGGUUUGGUUGAGAUUUUCGUCAAAUCUGGCAGACACAAGACCGCCCGUGAACCUUUGGCUGCCCAUGACCUCGACACAUCCAGUGACGAGGAAGUGGCUCCGGACCAACAGAGAUAUCAGCUCUUGACGGAAGUGCGUAAUGGAGCUCCUAUGUCCUCGCUCUUUUCCAUCAUGUCGCUCUUCACUGAGGAUGUGAGGCUUCGCCUAAACGAUGAAGCCUCUCCAGUGCCUCCAAAUGGGGAGAGUGACUACCGCAGGCAUCUCUCAGUCGGCGAAUCCGAGACACAAAGCUUUACACCUGCUCCAGCUUCUAUGCCUAAUACGCCUCAUCUGGAUGGGAAGGGCGGCCAGCCAGACGACAAGAGUGUAUCGGCGGAAGGUAAAAGCCAGCUGCUCCCUGUGGGUGAUCUCCACGAGUCUGGCUCCAACAUCCCUCCCAUUUCUUUGGACCCUUCGUCUCCGACGCAACCCCAGAGACCCAAGCUUCCGGGAAGAGUGGCUUCUCACUCAGCACACCCUGACAUUAUUGCUCGGGCCACUGUGGACACAACAAUUGCCAUCAUUCCCGCGAGUGCGUUCCGCCGUCUCAUCAGGAUCUACCCGAAAGCUACUUCGCACAUCGUCCAUGUCAUUCUAUCUCGUUUUCAACGCGUUACCCUGGCUCAUGCUUUCGAUUACCUCGGCUUGACUGGAGAGGUGUUGCAAACGGAGAAGAGCAUGACCAAAUACACCGUGUGCCAACUUCCCAACAUUCUCAGAGGCGAUGCCUUGUCAAGGUUGAAGGAAAAGUUCAAGCAUGAGCGAGCACGCAUUGCUGGUGAUGAUGAGAGAAACGGCAUCGCCUUGCAUAAUGCAGCGGCUACCAGACGUCGCCGCUCUAGUAGCACUACGCUGCGCAGGGAAGCAAUGCUGUCCUCAAUGACCAAGCAUCGACCAUCCUCAGUUUUGGGAUCUAAUUUGUCCGUGGAGGAAUCUCCUCAAAAUCGCCAGCAUACUUCAAGCCACCCCGGUGAUUUGGCGAAUAUUCACGCUAGCCGAAAUGCUGGUCGUUCUCCCAUCACACCAGGAGCUAGUGCAAAGGAUGUGACUAGUCCGCUUGCCCACAGGUCUUUCAACCCAUUCGACUCUCAACGGCAUGCAAGAAUAUCCGUGGAUUCAAGAGAGUCCCUUGAUGAAGAUAAUUUGUUCCGAUCAUCCAUUCUCGAAUGCAUGUUCAAGUCUCUUGGUCUGAAUGGAAGUGGUUCGUCGUCACGUGAACCAGAAUCAGUCGAUGGCUCCCCAAGGCUACUGUCCGCAGAUCACAGACGCAAGACCUUUGGAACAAAUAAUGCAUUUGGGUUUAUGGGGCCGUUCGAAACUUCUGGAGAUGGCGAAACUGAGUCAAUCACAUCGAGUGGCUUAACGGUUCACACGCCUCCAAGUGCGCACAUAUUAUCUCACGAGAUCAAAGACGAGGUGGAGAUUGUCUUCUUUCCCAAGGGCUCUGUACUAGUCGAGCAAGGUGAACGAAAUCCUGGCCUGUACUAUGUUGUUGACGGAUUUCUCGAUAUUGGUACAUACACAACGGAACAACGCCCACACAACAUUCUACAGACAUCUGGCACCGCAUCAUUUAAUAUUGACGCAAGAAACAAUGCCACUCGUCGGACUGAUUCCAACAAGGACAAUGGGCGUACCCGUCGCAGCGUGUCAUUGGUGAAGCCCGGCGGAUUAGCUGGCUACAUCGGCAGCGUGUCGUCGUAUCGAUCCUUUAUCGAUGUUGUUGCCAAGACGGACGUUUACGUUGGUUUCCUCCCCGGAGCAGCGCUGGAAAGAAUUGUGGAUAAAUACCCUAUCGUGCUCCUCACCAUGGCCAAGAGGUUGACGCAUGUUUUACCACGCCUGAUCCUCCACAUUGAUUUUGCUCUUGAAUGGGUGCAGGUGAAUGCUGGGCAAGUAAUUUUCCACAGAGGUGAUGAAUCGGAGGCCAUUUACAUUGUCCUGAAUGGCCGCCUUCGUUUGGUAGCAGAUAGGAAGGACGGGGGCAUGUCCGCACUUGCUGAGUUUGGUCAAGGCGAAAGUGUGGGAGAACUGGAGGUUCUCACUGAGACCGUCCGACCUGGAACCUUGCAUGCUAUUCGUGAUACCGAGCUUGUCAAAUUUCCUCGCACUUUAUUCAACAGUUUGGCACAAGAGCAUCCCAACAUUACUAUCAAGAUAUCCAAGAUCAUUGCCUCUCGCAUGAGAGCUGCGGUAGAGGAUCCUCCAAAGAAUGGUGCUGAGGAGUCCGGAUCUGGAGCCAUCAACAAUCAAAGGAAAUCUACCAUGAAUCUUCGAACGGUUGCCAUUCUCCCAGUUACAGCAGGCGUUCCAGUUGUCGAGUUUGGUAAUCGCCUGAUGAAUGCUCUGGCGCAGGUUGGACCGCCCAACGGCGCCACGUCUCUCAACCAAUCCGCCAUCUUGAACCACCUUGGCAAGCAUGCGUUCAACAAGAUGGGUAAAUUGCGUCUCACUCAAUAUCUUGCCGAUCUCGAGGAGAAGUACGGUCUCGUGGUAUACGUCGCAGAUACCAGUGUCAACUCACCGUGGACGCAAACCUGUAUUACACAAGCUGACAGCAUUCUGCUUGUCGGUCUUGCUGAUGGUUCCUCGGCCACCGGCGAGUAUGAACGAUUCAUGCUUGGGAUGAAGUCGACUGCCAGGAAGAUGCUCGUCCUAGUGCACAAUGAGCGCUUCUCACGACCAGGCUUGACUCGAUCCUGGCUGCGCAACAGAAUGUGGAUCAACGGUGGUCACUACCAUAUUCAGAUGCCAUAUAGUACAAAUACCAUACCUGUACACCUUCCCCCGUCUAAGAGACUUGGAAAAGCUCUCAAAGAACGAGUGCAGGUGCUUCAAGCAGAGAUUCAAAAAUACACGUCAAGGAAAGUCCACCACACACCGUAUUACUCUCCUGACACCCCGUACAAGAGCGACUUUCAUCGUCUUGCCCGUCGCCUCUGUGGCAAGUCUAUUGGGUUGGUGCUCGGUGGCGGCGGGGCUAGAGGUAUGAGCCAGAUUGGUGUGAUUAGGGCUAUGGAAGAGGCCGGCAUUCCCAUUGACGUGAUCGGUGGCACUUCUAUUGGCGCCUUCGUUGGAGCUUUAUAUGCUCGCCAUGCAGAUAUAGUCCCCAUGUUUGGUUUUGCAAAGAAGUUCUUUGGCCGCAUGGCAAGUUUGUGGCGAUUCGCUCUCGACUUGACGUACCCAUCGGCAUCAUACACAACUGGCCAUGAAUUCAAUCGAGGCAUCUUCAAGACGUUUGGCAACACACAGAUUGAAGAUUUUUGGCUCGAGUAUUACUGCAACACGACCAAUAUCAGUAAGAGCAGAGUGGAAUUUCACACGAGUGGAUAUGCAUGGAGGUAUAUCCGAGCAUCCAUGUCGCUUGCUGGCUUGCUGCCACCUCUCUGCGACGAAGGGAGCAUGCUAUUGGACGGUGGCUAUGUGGACAAUUUAACAGUUUCGCAUAUGAAGGCGCUUGGUGUUGAUAUCAUCUUUGCUGUCGAUGUCGGAGCCCUUGACGAUGACACGCCACAAACGUAUGGUGACUCGCUGUCGGGUAUGUGGGCUUUCUUCAACAGAUGGAACCCAUUGUCAGCACAUCCCAACCCCCCUACGUUAGCAGAGAUCCAGGGGCGUUUGGCUUAUGUGUCGAGCGUAGAUGCAUUGGAGCGAGCAAAGACUAUGCCAGGGUGCAUUUACAUGCGCCCGCCUGUUGAUGACUAUGGCACACUGGAUUUUAUCAAAUUCGACGAAGUAUACCAGACGGGAUAUAAAUUCGGCAAAGAGUUUUUACAAAAACUGAAAGACGAGGGAGGGUUCCCCUGGAUGGAAGAAGCCGAGGCUAAAGAAGCAAUGCGACGAACAAAGGCACCUCGUAGAGCGAGCAUAUAG